UAUAGACCUCCUAUGCAAAUGAAGGCUUGAAGAAUAUUCAGAUAUGAUUUGCUAAUGUGUUAGCGGAUCUAGAGUAUGUAAAUUUGAUUGCAUGGCAUCUCCUUUCUUAUUGGUUACCUAGUUACAAAAUGCUUCUAACCAAUCAAACCUCGCCUUCUACAAGUCGACCUACCACUAUAACAGGCUUCUUAGUGCGCCUUUUGAGACACUUAGUCUGUGGUUUUACCUUCGGCUGUUUCUUACCGCUAUCACAUCGGCAUGUCUGGACGCGGCAAGCAGGGUGGCAAGGCUCGCGCCAAGGCCAAGACUCGAUCUUCCCGCGCCGGCCUCCAGUUCCCGGUGGGCAGAGUGCAUCGCCUGCUUCGCAAAGGCAACUAUUCCGAGCGGGUCGGGGCUGGCGCGCCGGUGUACCUGGCGGCGGUGCUGGAGUACCUGACCGCCGAGAUCCUGGAGCUGGCGGGGAACGCGGCCCGUGACAACAAGAAGACGCGCAUCAUCCCGCGCCACCUGCAGCUGGCCAUCCGCAACGACGAGGAGCUCAACAAGCUGCUGGGCCGCGUGACCAUCGCGCAGGGCGGCGUCCUGCCCAACAUCCAGGCCGUGCUGCUGCCCAAGAAAACAGAGAGCCAUCAUAAGGCCAAGGGAAAAAAGACUACGAAUGAAGUCCACUAAAAUCAACCUUAAACAAAACUUGGCUUCUACGGGCUAAACUUAAAAGUGAACUACGCUCCAAAGAAAAGAGUCAAUCUUUAAUGGUAAUCCAAUCACAUUGCUCCAGAAAGCACUCAGAACCAAUGAGAUCACAGGGCGGGACAUAUGAAAGG